AAAUGCAAUUGGUCCUUAUGAGGUUAACACUAAAAUAGCUGAAAAUAAAUAAAUAAAAGGGCAAGUCCAAAGUUAUCUGAUUGGAGAAACACAGUGGUAUAAUAUAGGUGAAACUGCAAAGUUAUUAUUCCCGGCUGGUCAGCUGACACUCAGAAACCAAUCAGCAGCUGAAAAAGAUAACACAGGAAGCAGAGCAGCAAGGAAAACUCUCAAGUACGUAAACAUCUAGCACAAAGUCUGAAUCUCUUAUUAGCUCGCUUUUUAAUCUUGUUAUAACAUGUUUUGUUAUUUCCUGCAAUAUUGUAUUUAGUAGUGGUGUUCCCCAUAUCAGUUUUAUGUAGUUUGCAUACUUUCCUUCAGAUUGGAACAUUUUUGUUACUAAGUUACAUUAUGAAGUUGCACUAUCAAUAUAUUAAAUGUUGCUUGUCUUUAUUAAUGUUUUGAAUCUUGAUUACUUAUUAGUCAGUGUUUGCGCAAACAUUAGCUGUGCUUUAACUAGAAAAAGAUAGAGAAGAUUACUUUUGCAAUUAUAUUUGCUGUAUUUCAGAGUAAAGAUGGAGCUGACAAGUAUGUGGAGGUAAGUAAACUGGUAUGUUUCAUGUCAGUACAAAGGACAACACACUGCUGAUUUUAAGAUUUACUGGUUAUUCUGCAAAAAAAGCUACAGGUAUUAUUGAGAAUGUGUUCACUAAAGGACCAUUAUAGAGCCAGGAAAACAUACUCGUUUUCCUGGCACUAUAGUGCCCUGACCCUCCUCCUCUCCGCCUCCUCUUCUCCUGCUCGGCUGAAGGCGCAUGCGCGGCAAGAGCUGCACGCACAUUCAGCCAGUCCAUAGGAAAGCAUUCACUCUCGCUGGCGUCUUCUCACUGUGAUUUUCACAGUGAGAAGCACGGAAGCUCUCUAGCGGCUGUCAAUGAGACAGCCACUAGAGGCCGGAUUAAACAAUUUAUAAACAUAGCAGUUUCUCUGAAACUGCUAUGUUUAUAAAAAAAAUAAAAAAAAAGGUUAACCCUAGCUGGACCUGGCACCCAGACCACCUCAUUAAGCUUAGGGGUCUGGGUGCCUAUAGUGGUCUUUUAAGAAUAAGGUAUUGUGACAACCCAACCAACUUACAUAAAAUCUCCAACUCCGCUCACCUACAAUACUUUGCUUGUUCUUGGUGAAUAAAUCCUAUGUAAACAUGGUAUAAAUGGUAGUAGCCAAUGUAAUAAAAUGUAAAUGAUCCUCUGUAGUGGGUGCCUAUUUAAAGCACUUAUAAUGUGCCUUUUUAGAGCUUAGGUGGACUGCUAAUGAUAGAUAAGUGCCUAAAGCCUUGGCCAUUGUCUUCUGAAGCCCAGUCAGCCUCCUAUGUUUGAUAACAGAGCUGCAGGUACAGUUAUAGAGGUGUAAAAUGCAUUGUUGUCCCAGCUCUUCCAGUGUCAAUGUGUGAGGCUGGACAGGAAAAUGAAGGGUUCACUUACCAUUUGACUUCUAAUGUCUUUGAAACAGGAACUGCCUUGCAGUAGAAGCAGGGACAGCUUUGAGUGAUGCAUAAUGUAUAACAGCUCCUGCAGUUCUGCUACAUACCUCCCAACAUUCCAAAUGUACAAACAGGGACACUUUCAUUUUAGGGGCAUGAGUGGAUUUUAUUAGAUGACUUACUAAUAACAAUGUAUGCAACUAUCAUGUAAUUGAAAACAAGAGCAAUGUAUUUUAUUCACACAGACUGAUUUCUAAACAUAGUUUGUGGCGGAGCUCCCUGUACCCUGCCUGGGUACCUCCGCCAACGACCACUUCUUAGCUGGAACAGGGGAACACCCUUAGCACUUCUGCCCUAGUCACCCUGGCUUGACUGGGGUCCUCCUGGAGUCUCUCCGUCCUAGAACAAGAUAGGGGACUAGCUCUAUUCACUCCCAGUCACACACAGUCCUGGGAGCUGUAGCCCUUACAAGGUCUUUCCCCGCUGAAUCCUCCAUGAGCCGGAACAAGGUGCUGAGCAGUGAUUAGCCCCUUCCCCUACCAGUAACUAGAUGACACAUAGUUCUGGGAGUACAACUGAACUGAACUCUUUAAUGGGACAUAGUAUAGCCAAGUUAUACACAGACCCCCAGCAGCUGGUCUCCAUACAAUUACACAAAACUUUCACCAAUAGGAAUACAGAACAGGUCACAAAGAAAGAAAUACAAAACAACAAAGUGAUUCCUUACACUAGUUACCACCUCCACCUGUGCCAACACACCAUGACAACAGAUGGUUAUCUUGGUUGGACCCCCUGUCCCUUCAGAGCAAUCUCUGGUUACAUCAACACAGUCCUUUGCUGUAGUAGAUAGACUUGCUGGCUCGCACAGCAUUUGGUCACUCACAGUGCAGCAUUUAACUUGAAUAACACACAGAAUACAUUUCACACCUAACUAUACUUUAUAGUUUAUAGAGCUGCUGCCUCCCCUUUGUUGAUCCACAUCUGCAUAUACAAACACACUGCUCCAUGUAGAAUACAAGUACACAAUACAGCAAUAUCUAGAUACAUGGGAAAGCAGUCACAAAAAUGGCGCCGCAAACUUCUGGCUUGCGCCAAACAAACCAGGCCACCCAUCACAUAUCUCCCCCCCAUAGAAAUAGACAGACUUGUGGCCAGACCCAGGGCCGGCCUACAACAAGUCUGACUCCACAGUUCAAGUCCUUGGGGUCCAAUGUGCCUGGACAAGUGGGUGCAAGACAGUUCCUGGUCUCUUUGUGUGUGUGGGCAAAACGGUAGCCAUUCUUCCCUCCCAAAUCCCCUCUCCCAGGGCAGAAUCAGUCCAAGGGAAAACACAAGGGAGCCGCACAAACAAUACAUUGUUAAAUAGCCUUGAUCUGAGUGCCCAAGUUCUCCAAAUAGCGCUCAGAUCCAUGCAGUGUAGUUAGGUCCUCUAUCCCGCUACAUAUAUAAUAACUCCCAAACAGUGCCCCAGACCUGGACUAUAGUCGGUGGGCAUGAGACACUUAAGCACACAAAGAAUAUGGAGCUCAUAGAAAAGAGCGACAUUAGGAUAGAGGAAUUUGAGCCCAAAAUAGAGGCAGUCACUCCUAAAUAAGGACAGGCGGUAUGCCACUCUCAAUCAUAGGAGGGACAAUACUUUGCAAAUAGUCCCUCAAACUCCACAUGCCUGUACCCUUAACAUUUCCUUUUGUCUAAAAAUAAAUGUAAUUACUCCCCCCAAAAAAAUGUUGGCUGGCACAUUUCAUUAGGGUGUGCACCUGGGUGGGCAGGCAUGUCAGUGAUGCACCUGGGUGACGCCCAGAAAAGGUGGGUCCACCCGCAAAGGAGGCAAGCUUGCCGACAGGAGUGUGUUAAACUGGCAUAAAUGCCCAUAAGGCUGACUGACCACCUCCUGACUGGCUCCACAUAGAGCACAUCAUACAUGGAGCACUGCUAAAUUGCUCUCUGCGUGGUCCUAGAGCCCUCUUUACAGUGUAAGUGCAUCUAUUAUGAUUUCAGGCAGUGAUGGCUGGAGACGGUUCCAUGGUGUCCCAAGAUGUUGGACACCAGGAAACCAACCUGUAAUAGUGGGUCAGGGGCACCAAAAUAGGAAUUGUCCAACAGAAAUCAGAAUGGUUUAAUUGUUUCCCAAUGCAAUGUUAUUUUUAAUUGUAUGUAAGAUUAAUAUUUAUUAAAACUCUGUGAGAUGGGGGCUGUGUUUUGAGUGCACUUUGCACUUUGCCUCUAUGUUUUAUAGCCUUGUGUGGUGUAUUUGGCUAUGAGUGAUGUGUGUUUCUGUGUGAUUGUAUGUGAUUAAAAUGCACAGUAGUGCAGUAGAGACAAAAUCUCACUAGUUAAAAAAAAAAAAAAAAAGUAUGAUCGGAAGGAAUGGGUGGAGGUCACAGGAGUAUUAAAAAGGGAAGGUAUGGAUGGGAGUGAUAUGAGGAGAUGAAGGAAUGUGUGGGAGUGACUGGAGGAUGCAGAGCGAGGGAGUGAUACUGGGAUAUGAGAAAUUGAGGAGUAGCUUGAAGUGAUAAGAGUGUGGGGAGAGAGGGAGGAAUUGGUCAGACUAUAGGAGUGUGGGGAGAAAGGAAGUGAUGGGGAGUCAGCAGUGGUGUAUCCUGGUUUUGUGCUGCCUUAGGCAUGACAAAACUCAGGUGCCCCCGCACCACCCCACCCUUCCCCCCUGCCCUGCCUUGUAAAUACACACACACACACACACACAUUCACUGACAGACACGCAUACACUAGCUAACAGACAUACACACUCACUAACAGACACAUACAGUCACUAGCAGAAACACACAUUCACUAACAGACACGCAUACACUCUCACUAACAGACACACACAUAGUAACACACUCCCUGACAUACACACACUCCCUGACAUACACACACACACACACUAACAGACACACACACUAAGACACACACACACUCACUCACUGGGGUCCAGUGGCUGCUGGGCGGGCGGCACUGGUGAGGGAGCACUGAUUAGUGAGCUCUCUGCUCAGAUCCCUCGCGUCAUAUUCCGGCUCCAGGCAUCACUCUGCAGCGUGUGAGGGAGCUGAGCAGAGAGCUCAGGGGAAAGAGCUCCCUCGCCAGCGCCGCCCGCCGGACCAACCGGAUUUUUAGUUAGCCGCAAGGCUAACAAGACUUUUGCCCUGGGCAUUUGGGGGCGGCUUUUUUUGCCGCCCCCUGGAAAAUGCCACCCAAGGCAAAUGCCUUGUUUACCUUGCGGCUAAUUCGUCCCUGGGAGUCAGGGAGGAAUAGGCGGAAGUGAUGAGGGAUGGGUGGAAGUGAUGGGUAGAGAUAAAGACAGGGCUCCACAUAUAUAUAUAUAUAUAUAUAUAUAUAUAUAUAUAUAUAUAUAUAUAUAUAUAUAUAUAAAAGAUUUAGAACUGUGGUGCUCUGUGCAUUGUUUUAAUACAUAUUAUAACAAUUCUAAUUAAAAACACUGCUGCCUACCAUUGGUGGUGUAACUAGGGAUAGACUAUAAUCAGAUUAAGGUUGCCCAGGGUCCUCGGCAAGGUGCCAGAGGGAGGUUGUGUGUCUCUAUUGGCUGAGCUUUGUGUGUGGAGGAGGUUGAGAUCUAUAUGGGAAGAGCUGUGUGUCUAGAAUUAUGUACCUGUGUAUGUGCCUGAGAAAGUGUAUGCAUUUCUGACUGAGUCUGUCUGUGUCUCUGGCAUUGUGUACCUGUGUAUGUGCCUGAACAUCCUGGGGUGAGCGGGUGUGAGCAUUACAACUUUAGAAGGGUGAGUGUGAGAGUUUGGGGCAUGUGAGUGUGACAGAGUUAGUUGGUUAAUGUGACAGGGUGUGUGGCAGGGUGAGAGGUGGUAUAAGCGACAGGGUUGAGGGGUGUGUGUUACAGGAUUAGUGUGGCAGGGUGUUGAGUGUGACAAGGUUAGAGGUUAGUGUGAGAGAGGGGUAGUGAUUGUGACAAUGUGAUGGGUGGUGAGUGUGACAAGCUUGGGGGAUGAGUGAUGGUGGCAGGUUGAGUGAGGGGGUGACAGUAUAUGAGGACUGAGUGUGUAAGGGGAGUGAUAAUAUGUGUGCAGGCUAUGUUAACCACAGUCUCCCUGCAAAGUGAUGCCUGUUAUUGUUAUAUUUUUUUCUUUACAUUUGCCCUUCUACUGCUUACCUCCUGUGCAGGAGGGGUGUAAUAAUACACCUGUUAAUGAUUCAGUGCCCCCUGGUUGUCCUCUGGACUGCUGAUGGAUUCUGUGGUGGGCCAUUAUAAUCCUCUGAGCUCCUGGUGGAUUCUUAGUGGUCCAGAAGGGCCCUGGUGGUCACUCAUAGAUUCCAUGGUGUCCCAGUAAGGCCCCAAUGGGCUGCUGGUGGGCCCCCUGUUGGCAGGGGCGUACCAAGAGCAUGUGGCACCUGGGGUGGCUCCUGGGUUUGGCAACCCCCCUCCCUCCCCCCUCCCCUCCAAAAAAACAACAACAAAAAACUACUAAAUUUUUUUAAAUGUGUUCUUUUUUUACAUUUUUUAAAAUGUAACACACACAGUCACAUGCAGACAGUCACACAUAUAGUAACAGGCAGUCAUACACGCAGUCCGUUACAAGCAGUAAUACACAGUCAUGCACACUGUUACAGGCAGACAGUCACAUAUACAGACACACACAAAUUACAGGCAACAUCUCACAGGCAGACAGUCAUACGCACACUGUUAUAGACAGGCAGUCAUGCACACAGUAACAUACACACAUUCACAAGCAGACAGUCACACAUACAGUUACAGGCAGCAUCACACAGUCACAGGCAGACUCACACACAGUCACAGGCAGUCACACACACACAUAGUUACAGGCAUGCAGUUACAGACAGUCACACACACACAGUCACAGGCAGACAGUCACACACACACAGUUACAGGCAGCAUCACACACAGUCACAGCCAGACAGGUACACACAGUCACAGGCAGUCACACACACACAGUUACAGGCAUGCAGUCAAACAGACACACACAGUUACAGACAGACAGUCACACACACACACACACACACACAGUUACAGGCAGACCAUUACACACACAGACACACAGUUACAGUAAGACAGUCACGCACACACACACACACACAUUUACAGGCAGACAGUUACACACACACAGUUACAGUUACACACACACACACAGUUACACACAGUUACAGACAGUCAAAUACACAGUUACAGACAGUCAGACACAAACAGUUACAGACAACGGUUACACACACACAGUUACAGGCAGACAGUCACACACACACACACAGUUACAGGCAGUUACACACACACAAUUACAGGCAGACCGUUACACACACUUACACAGUUACAGGAAGACAGUUAAACACACACAGUUACAGACAGUUACACACACAUACACACAGUUACACACACAAUUACAGGUAGACAGUUAUACACACACACACACACACACACACACAAUUACAGGCAGACAGUUACACACACACACACACACACUCUCACUUACUUACAGACAGUGUGGGCUAGAGGAGGACUGGAUUCCUUGAAGUCCUUCCCUGGCUGGAGCCUGUUGGGUGGAGGAGCAGGGAUUUCUUCUUGCUGCACCUCCAUGUGCAGCAGUAACCGCAGUGGGUAAGGGCUGUGUUAAGCCCCACCCCCGCUUUCGGAUUGGCUCCGCCCCCAAACUUCCGUGCGGCCACUUCAGCUUGCUUGUCUCUGCCUGUGAGCUGUGCAACACCCCAGCUGCCAUGGGGCACAGCUCACACAUCCCCCAUUAACCCUCAGACCUGGGUUAUGGCACCCCCCUACCAGGUGGCACCAGGGGCGGUCCGCCCCCCCUUAGUCUGCCACUGCCUGUUGGUCCAGUGGGCUACUUUUGCAGCUGCAAUCCUCUCAGUCAAUUGCUUUGUAAUGACAUCAGAGCACAGGCUUGGAAACCCAGAGCCAGCACUGACUCCCUCACAGAGUGCCGUAACCAUGAGGGAAUGCCGUCCCACCACAGACCACUAGGCAGGGAGAUCUUUUUAUCUUUUUGCUAGGACUUUUUCAAGUUUGAUUAUGCCACUGUAAUGAAGCCUCCCAUGUUAUGCUCAGCAAAAUUUGAUGGACCUAUUCUGCAUUUGGGAGUAUUGUAGCAGUUUGACAUUUAAAACGUAUCCAUAAAUACAUACCAUUUGUGAAAGUAGACACCACAGGGUAAGUCAUAUGGUAUUUUUCUAAACCUUAUUAUACAGCUAUUUUAGCACCAAUUUAAUUUAUGGUAUUAAUUUAUUUUCACAUUUUUACAUGCACAUUGCAAUUUAGAAGUUUGCUUUGUAAAUUUGAUAUGUUCUACGAUAACAAACCUCACUAAAUAGUACUCAGCUAUAUCUCCUGAGUCCAGAACAACCUCCUUUGCAUAAGUCAAGGUAUUGUGAAAACAGGGUUCAAUUUAUAACAUUUCCAGUGCAGUUUUCAAAUGGCAUAUUGAAGAUGGGCCUAUGAUACAUUUUGGGGAAUUUUAAUAGCUGACAUAUUUAAAUUACUCCAUAAAUAUAUACCAUUAAUACAAAUGGGCACCAUGGGGACUCUCGGCACUAGAAACAUGCAGAGAUACCUUUAGCAAUUUAGACCACAAUAGAGAUUCUAAAUGUAAUAAGAAAUGUUUCAGUCAGCUACAUUUUGAAGUUAUAAGCUAGCCCCAAUUAAAUGUUAAAGGAACACUAUAGGGUCAGCAACACAAAAAUGUAUUCCUGAUCCUAUAGUGUUAAAAAAAAAAGUGUCUUGAUGCCAUGGGUGGAGCCACUGAAUGGCAGCACUGGCCCAUGAUGCACCUCUAGUAGCCAUCUGAGGAGUGGCCAGUAUCCCUAGGCUGUAAUGUAAACACUGCCUUUUCCCUGUUUUACUGUAAAAAGCCUGAAGGGACUCAUUAUACUAACCAGAAAAAAAUACAAUAAGCAUAGUUGUUCUGGUGACUUCAGUGUCCCUUUAAAAAAAGAAUCCAUCUAGUGUAUCUUUAUCCCUUGAGAACUGAAGUUGGACUGUAUUUUAGACAGGUUCCAUCCUUUUGGGUGGAAUCAGUCUGAUAUGCAACCACCGAAGGGCAGGCUAUUUGAGCUGUUGUCCAUUCUCAGUAUUCUUUUGCACCCUGUUUUUUUGCUCUCCCGAAGUUGGACUGUAACCUCGAUUAUCUGUAUGGGACACCAUGUUUACAAAAUAUUGUUUGAUUAAUUGAGAAAAUUAUAAUGUGUAUGAAAAACACAUGGUAUCCUGAGUAUACGACCUUGUCAUUUCAGGUUCAUAACAGUAACAUUGUGUUCAAUAACAUUUCCAGUUACAAACACAAUACACUCCAAGCCCAACUUUGUGCUAAUCAUGGCUGACGAUCUAGGGAUUGGAGAUAUCGGUUGCUUUGGCAAUGACACAAUAAGGUAAAACAAUUGUUAAUUGUAACAUCUGCUAUAUCAUGGAGCACAUAAGAGAUUGAGCUACUCCCUCACUCUAAUCAGUGCAAUGCUAAAGUGAACUUGUCAUGGUAGAUAUGUUUGGUGUCUUCUAACUAUCUGGCUUGACUCGUUCACAGACUUGCUUCCCAUAACAGAUUAAAAGUCACAAACACUCUAUGUAGGCUUUGUAUAAAUAAAAUGUGCCUGUUCUCUCUCUCCAUUCUCAGAUUGUCUGUCCAAAGCUGCUGCAAUAAUUUAUUCUGGCUGUUUCUUUCCUCUCUCCAUGCUGGUGCUGCUGUGACAAAGAGCCUCCCCCUCUGCCCUACUUCCCCUUGCAGGCAUUGCUUUUUCUUAGGCUGAAUUCAAGCUUGAGACAAGCCUAAAGGAUGGUUUCCCUGGUAGCAGUCCAAAGCAUAGUAUUCUUAUCUCUGGUCCAAUUGGUACAAAUUAAACUGACUGAGAGGAGAGGGGGAAUCUAAACAGGUGCUUGCUAAUUCUUAAUCAUUUAAGAUUAAGCAAUAUUUGUCAUGAUCAGUACCUGUUACCACUACAGGUCCAUUGAUAAAUCUGCUUCUAAACAAACAAAAUAUAGAACCUUCGAGAACUGACUGGAAAUUUUCAGCAAGCUGGUAGGAGCUCUUAAUAAGGUAAAAAAAAUGUUGGUAAAUUUCUGUAGUAAAUGUAUUUUAUUCUGUUCUUGGAUGGGCCUGCUUUCCAGCCUCCUGCCUCAGGACUAUGGCCCCCUGCAAUAGACCUGGCUAAAAUACUGUAAAAGGGCUCUGUUCGUGCAAUUGGUUCGGUUCCCGAACAGCCGCACAAACCAGAGAGAGACCACCCGGGAGCUUGUUAAGCCUAAUUGACAAUUUGUAACACUUUCCACCGCAGUGUUCUAAGUGUUCGUCUGGGUGGCCGUUGCUCGCAUGAAUGACCACGAGCUGGUGGCCAUCUUGUUCCCGCAAAAACAGGCAGCAUUAUUUGGUCGUCAAGUUCAUGGAACUGUUUUCGGACACUGAAACUCCCGAACACCACUGGACUUCCAGGAUCACCUGCAUUUGGUUCUACACAACUUAGAAUGGCACUGUAUGGUGGAAACGUUACCACGAACAAGGUGAACAAGCUCCAGGGUAAGAACGUUGAUUAUGUUCGAUAGUAUGUUCGGUUUUUAAACUACCGAACUAGACCAACCGCAAGCUCUGAUUCUCUGGAACUUUUUGGGGCAUGGGACCAUGCGUGUGGUCGGUCAAAUUAUGAUUUCCAGGAAAUUCCCAAACCCCUGAACUGAUCUGGGUGAUUUUUGGAUAUGUUGGUCACCCAGAUCACUGGAGGGGGGGGUUUGUGUGUAUAAAGGUAUUUUGGGGGUUUGUAAAAAAUGGAUGUUUUCUGUGCCUGGAGAUAAUUGAGUUUAAUACAGUGCUUGAAUCUAUUAUCCCUUGGGCACAGAGGAGGGAUUAUCUUGUUUUAUGUGGGAGUGUCCUGGACAAUGUAAUUGUGUGUAUGUUUUUACUGUAGUCUACUCUCAGGUGCAGGGGGAGUGCCCCUUGCAUGGGGACCUGCAUAUAAGGCCAGUUGUGGCUGCCAAUAAAGAGUUCCUCUUCACCCUCAACAUUGAGCCUCAUCUCAUGUGUGGAGGGGACAACUAUAUUCACUCUGGGAAUUGCUAUACUCUUAUGCUCCCUUGGAUUAUAAUCCCUAGCUCUUGUAAGAGCUACACUGCUAUACCUGCUAUACUCUCUUGGAGGAGAGGUCUUCUCACUGGGAGCUGGAUCCAGGAGUAUGGUCCAGGGUGAGAAGGGACGGCGAGACCCUAGCCAAGCUGCGGCGGCUAAAUGGCUAUGGUGCUUAUGAUGUCUGGUGCGGUGCUUAUGGUACUUGGCAACAGAUAGGAAGUAGCGAUUGGCGGAGGCACCCAGUCACAUUCUCUUUUUAGGAAUUUUAACUGUAAAUAUUAGUUUUUUCUUGCCAAAUAUUUUACUGUCUUUUUGCAGUUCUUCAAUAAUAAUAAUAAUCAUAAUAAGUAUAACAGCAAUAAGUAUUUAAACAAAUUAUACAUUUAGCAUUUGAUUGUUUUUAAGUCCUGAAGUACAGAUGCAGGGCUGGCCUUAGGCCAUUAGGCGCCCUGUGCAAAAAGUCUUCACGGCGCCCCAUCCCCCCAGUAAAAAGCUGUAUACAGUCACACUCACAGGCACAAGCAGACAGUUACACAAACAGUUACAAGCAGACAGUCAGACACACUCAGUUACAGGCAUGCAGACACUCACGCAUGAUGAUGGGCACACACACACUCAGUUAAUACACACUGUGUAUUUUUUUAAUUCAAAGUUUCUUUGUAAAAUAUUUUCCUUAUUUUAAUUUGCUCUAUAUGUACAUUAGAGCGUUUAACCAUUAAUACACAUACAAAUCCACAGAUCACAUGUCGCAUAUACAUAGAUAGACACAGUCACAUACAGAUAACUAACAUUACUAACAUGAAUUUUUUUCAGGAAUUCUAAGUGGAUUUCAUAUUUGGCGCCAAAAUAGCUGAAUUCGAAGCACAGGUGACUUUGAAAUUCACUGACAAUUGUCGUUUUAGAAGCUUGUCAGGUAUGAACACACAUGAUGUACACAGACACAUCAUAAAACGCAGUCACAGAUAUACACACAUUAUCACAGUUAGGGUACAGAUGAGGGUAUAUGACAGACAGGAUAUGUAGGUAGUCUUACACCAGCAGACUAAUGAUGAUGUAACACCACCUAUACUCAGCAUCUUCUUUCCCUGUCACAGACUGGAGGAGUUUCUGUGGCUUGGAACUCAAGGCUGUAUUACAGUCUCCUACCUUGUCCCAAGCUGCCUCUGCUUUCAAGCAGUGCCCAUUCUCUCUGGUGCCAGAUCACAAGUCUCCUCUGUCCCCGAUCUCCAGUGCUGGCCUCUGGUGGGCUGGAGGUGAAUAGCAGGGAGUGCUGAUCAUAACUUCUCCCUCGAGGUUCUGGCGCUGUGUGGAGUCAGAGCGCGGCCUGGGAAUCUCUGAGGCUGCGCUCUGACUCACUAACUGAGCGCCAGAACCGCGAGGGAGAAGUUAUGAUGAUCUGGCUGCAGCUCCUGCUAGGUGCACCACUGGACCAUCACGGAGUCAUUUUUCAUGUAAUAGGAUGGACUCAGCUUGUGAGCCGUGUCGGCUGCCAGGGCGCCCCUUGUGUUAUGGCGCCCUGUGCGACCGCACAGCUCGCACACCCCAAAGGCCGGCCCUGUACAGAUGAUAUUAUUAUAAGAUAACACAUAGUACAUGUUUAUUUUUAUUGACCAUGAAUGAAUUGCUGAGAUUACCCUGCCAAAAAUCAAAUCUGUGAUAAUGAGGCUUAUAUAAUACAGCUGCAUCACUAAGCAAAUAACUACCUCACUGACUUUUCAAACUAUUUAUAAUUCAAACCGUAAGAAAGCAAGGCUAGAAAAAGGGGAGUCACAAAUGGUAAUCCGUAGGAAAGUAACAGCUAUCUAACUGACUGUAUGCCAAAGCUGGCAUUUAAGUACCUCUGAGAAUAUAGACUUCCAAGAUUAAUGGCUACUCUGCAGCAGGAACUGAAUAGAUAGUGUCAUCUUAGCUGACUCUUCCAUGACAGUCAGAGCUAACAUCACCACACAUCAAGCACCAAAUCAUUAUGAAUAGGCAGCACCCCUGAUAGGGAUACAAUCCCUAAAAAGGGAACAUUUAUCAGAAAAACAAAUAAGACAAUUUGACGAGACAACUGUUACAGCUGGUAGGAAAAAGCAGAAAUGUAUAUAAAGAGGUAAAUUGGAAAGUAAGGUGAAAAAAUGCAAACGUAAAGAAGAGGACAUGGAUAUGAGAAUAGGUCAAUACAGGUUAAAAACGGGAGAAUGGAACAAAUUGAGAAAAAGAGAACCUCAAAUGUAAUAUUGCUUUGUGUCUGCAGAAGACUAGUGGCUUGGGUUCGAAACAUUCACUAAAUUCUGAAUUGCAACGAAGAGACAUUUAGGGAAGAAAACACACUGUGUAGAAACACUCAUCCAGUAUAUGCAUCCAUAUACAAACACUGCCUAAUACAUCCAUCCACACAGACUGCCUAUUCAAUGCAAUCAAUCAUACGCACAAAGCCCGAUACAUAAAUCCACACACGCGCACUGCUUAAUAUAUACAUUCAUACUGCCUAAUACAUACAUUCAUACACUUACAUUGCCAAAUACAUAUAUUUACACACUCAUAAUGCAUAGAUCAAUACACACUUACUGCCUAAUGCAUACAUCAAUAAACACAUACUGCCUAAUGCAUAUAUCCAUACACUCUUUUUCAAUGCAUUUGGUAGUAUUUACAUUGUAAUAAUAUUGGGAUUUAAUUUAUGUUACUGUGAACAUUUUUUCGGUUUAAUAUAGAAUUCUUUACAUCAACUUUUUGCCCUCUUUUUUUUUAUUACAGGCCUACACCAUACAUCGGUACCGGCACACCACAACUGACUGGUGCUUACUUCUUAUUAUAUUAUUUUUGGUAUUUCUUAGUAUAACGGCUUAUGUCCCCGAAUACAUAUAGAUAGAGAGAGAGAGAGAUAGAUAGAUAGAUAGAUAUUCUAAAACUUGAAGGUGCUCUCACAGGUCUUUUUUCAAAGUGAUUCUUUAAUUCCUAUUACAUAAAAAAUAAGUUUGUCCCGAUCAACGUUUUCGACCCGUGUCCCGUCAAUCAGGAUUUAGGUAAUAAGAAUAAAAGAAUCAGUUUGAAAAAAGACCUGUGAGUGCACCUUCAAGUUUUUGAAUAGAUAUCAGUAUGCAAGGGUUGCAUCAAGGCAAGAAAAUACUGAAGACAUUGAAAGGGGUGAGUGCCAAGGUUACAAGUAAUGUGUGUAUAUAUAAAUCAUUACUGACACCAGUAAUGCUUCUUUUCUCCAAGAAGUGUUGAAAUCAGUCCUUCUCUAUAAGGAACACUCACUCUGGCUUUGAAUACAGUUUGUAAUUAAUACAUGAAAUGCCUACAGCAGGGGUUCCCAAUUAAUUUUUCCCAUGGAACUCUUUGACAUUGUGUAUCAACAUCGUGGAACCCCACCCCACCCCACACACACUGACACAUAGUGGCACACAGAUACACACACUAAAAUACACAUACACACACUCAAAUGCACACAGGGACACAUACACAUAUCUUGACUCACAAAUACACACACAGUGACAUAUACACACACUUGCACCCACAGAUACACACACUGGCACAUACACACUCAGAUAUACACACAGUGACAUACACACACACACAGGCACAUACAAACACACUGAUAUACACUGGCACACACACACACACCAAUACAUACAUACUGACACACACACACAGUGACACAUACACAAACCUUGACACACAGAUACACACACUGACACACUCAGACACACAUACUCUUUGACAGACACACAUACAAACACAUAUACACUCUCACUGACAAGCACACAUACAUUCUCACUGACAAACACAUACACACUCACACACUCACUGACAAGCACAUAUACACUCUCACUGACAAACGCACAUAAACACACACUCACUGACAAACACACAUACAAAAUCCUUAAACACACACACAAUUUAAUUAUUUUUUUAAAUUUCACUCCACCCAGCCUCCCUACCUGUGGGAGUGCUGGCAUAAAGCUCUAUUUCCCUGGGGUCCAGUGGGGCUGCUGGGCUGAGCGACUGGCGUGCAGUCCCUGGGUGCCAGUGGGGCUGCAGGGCUGAGCGGCUGGCGUGCAGUCCCUGGGGUCCAGUGGGGCUGCUGGGCUGAGCAGCUGGCGUGCAGGAGGCAAGGGAGAGGUGAUCUUCCUGCUCAGCUCUCUCUUAGGGAUGCCAGAGCCGGAGUGAUGUCAUAUUCCAGCUUCGACAUCACUGCUGUGCGUGUCGCGAUAAUGGCCGCCGCAAUAAUUCAGGCAAGCAGCGAGGGAGCACUUUCCCUUGCUCAGCUCCCUCGCCGGCCGCCUCAAUUAUUGCAGCGGGCAUUUUGUUUCCCGAAAUUUUGACGGAACCCCAUUUGUGUUCUCACACAACACCAAUUGGAAAACGCUGGCCUACAGGAAUCCAUUAGUUAUCAGAGAAAACACACUGUAGAAAAAGAUGAUCUUUCCCUCUUCCUGGGAAAAAGUUGCACGUUUACCAACUGCUGAAGCUUGAGGCACACCCUGUGCUUACAGAAAAACAAAAGGCAGAAUUAAACACAUGGAAGGACACUCUGUGCUGGGACAGAGAGGAGGAAGUGUACACAUAGUUCCAUUUCGGUGAAUAAGGAGAACAGCUUAUAAAAAGCUAAUGCAGGCACAGAUGUCUUUCCACGUUGCAGCUGAACUUUAAACCUAAGCUGUCUAUUUUAGUGUGACAUUGUGUGUAUUUGAUCAUAUUUGUCCCUAAGUAAACACUGUUAUAAAAUCACUCUUUGUGUGUGUUCACUCACUUAGUACUCUAUGUGAUUGGCUGAAGUACAGAAUAUUUGAUAGAGUCCUAACCUCAACAAUUGAGGAAAGGCAUUUAGGGGUGAUUAUUUCUGGUGACUUAAAGGUAGGCAGACAAUGUAAUAGAGCAGCAGGAAAUGCUAGCAAAAUGCUUGGUUGUAUAGGGAGAGGUAUUAGCAGUAGAAAGAGGGAAGUGCUCAUGCCAUUGUACAGAACACUGGUGAGACCUCACUUGGAGUAUUGUACACAGUACUGGAGACCGUAUCUUCAGAAGGAUAUUGAUACCUUAGAGAGGGUUCAGAGAAGGGCUACUAAACUGGUUCAUGGAUUGCGGGAUAAAACUUACCAGGAAAGGUUAAAGGAUCUUAACAUGUAUAGCUUGGAGGAAAGACGAGACAGGGGGGAUAUGAUAGAAACAUUUAAAUACAUAAAGGGAAUCAACACAGUAAAGGAGGAGACUAUAUUUAAAAGAAGAAAAACUACCACAACAAGAGGACAUAGUCUUAAAUUAGAGGGACAAAGGUUUAAAAAUAAUAUCAGGAAGUAUUACUUUACUGAGAGGGUAGUGGAUGCAUGGAACAGCCUUCCAGCUGAAGUGGUAGAGGUUAACACAGUAAAGGAGUUUAAGCAUGCGUGGGAUAGGCUUAAGGCUAUCCUAACUAUAAGAUAAGGCUAGGGACUAAUUAAAGUAUUUAGAAAAUUGGGCAGACUAGAUGGGCCGAAUGGUUCUUAUCUGCCGUCACAUUCUAUGUUUCUAUGUACCUUUUUUAAAUAGUAGAAUGCAUUUUGAGAGCUAGGUCAAUUUAAUUACUCUCACAUACAUAAAUAUUUAGGUAUUUUUUUAUAAACUUUGUUUAAGCUUCGGUAUUAAAUGUUUCACAUUAAAAAUUAAUCAUUUUUAAUAAUAUUUUAUCAUGUUUAACAUAAAUAACAUAGGCAGGAUUUCACAUGAUCACUGGGUGUUAAUAUGUGAGUAAAGUGAACAAUUCUGGGAGGAAUUAUUUGCUGAACAGUAAAUCGUUUCAUUAUUUAGUGAAUAUGCCCCUGAAGCAGAUAGUGUUACUGAAAGAUAGGAUUUAAAUGUUAUCUUAUUUGUAUAGUGUUUUUUAUGACUGGAAAAUGAAUUUCAUCUUCAAAAAAGUAAGAGUGUCAAAGUUUAAGAUCAUUUUCUAAGUUCCUGAGUGGGCAAACUGUGAUUUUUGGAAACCCAUUGCUAAGGAAUUAAUUAAAUAUGCUGCACCGAUUUGUGAAGAUUUAGGAAAUCAAACACCGGGUUUAAUCUUAAAGAGACACUAUAGUAACCAGAACUAUUACAACUUUUUGUAUUUGUUCUGAAGAGUAUAAUCAGUCCAUUCACGCUUUUUGAAAUAAAUACUGUCUUUUCAGAGAAAAUUAGAUUUCUACAAUACUUCCACUGGCCACUCCUCAUAUGGCUACUAGAGGUGAUUCCUGUAGACAAUGAAAUUCAGUGUCUACACCCUCUGCAUGCAGACACUGAACUUUCCUCAUAAAGAUGCAUUGGUUCAAUGCCUCUUUAUGAUGAGGUGCUGAUUGGCCAGGACUGUGCUGACUCUGCCCCUGAUCUGCCUCCUUGACACUCUUAGCCAAUCCAACUUCCUGUGUGAAAGCAUUGUGAUUGGAUCAGAUCAACACUUCUGAUUAUGUCAGCCAAGCAGGCAGAUCAGGGCAAGUGCCAGCAGCAGACUGGAGUAAAGGUAAGAUUUUACUAUAUUUAGGUGAGCAAGGCAGGGCAAAGGGGAGGGCCUUCCAUGACAGAAUGUCAGGGUGGGAAGAACACAAGGGAAGCUCUAGUUAGAAUAGCCACAUCCACUAAUAACUUUUUUCAUGCUUCCAGAACAGGUUUUGGGAAAUCAAGACAGUACAAGCAGUGUUAACCUUCAGGUUCCCCAUAUAAGGGCAAGUUAGGGGGACCUGCAAUGUUGAACACAGUAUUUGUUUCUUCCCCAGGCAUGCUGGUUUGCCACAUGCAAAACCAGCAGCUAGAUGGACAGGAAAAGGCAGAAGCUUGGCCAGCUAAAAGCACUAUUGACAAUUUUGUCUGUGCAAAUGUCAGCUCUGUGCAAUACUACUCAUGAUACAGCCAAACAUGCAGACAGGUGGCAGGCAAUGAUUGAAUUAGCAAAUAUGGUCCUUUCAAUUCUCUUUGCACCAGAAGUGAAAGUAGUUACAUUUGCCUGGGAAAAAGACUGUUCACCAUCCAGACAGUGAAUUGUGAAUUUGGAACAAACCAUUUAACACCAGAAAAUGUUAAGACUCCUAUAACAAGUAAAAUGAGAAAAGAAAAGGUCUAGAAGAUAACGAGAACAAAACGUUCCCUGAUCUAGAGAGCAAAAGUAGCCAGGAUGAAGUUCUGAAUUGGAUACCUGAGAUGAACAAAACAAUCAAUACAUGUUCAAAUGACAGAGAGAACUAAUGACAAUUUGAAAAAGGAAUGCAAGCAAAUCCAUGUCAAAAUGGGUCGCAUUAAGGGUGUCCUGGAGUGGGAAGGAACAAGAAACUUCCUGAUAUAAUAACAACUAAUAAAGUGCAAGCAGCCAAUCCUAUCUACACUGAAAUGAAGAAGUGGCUGUUGACCAGUGGAGUCCAAGAAGACGGUAACAUACAAAGAACUAGGCAUGGUCAGCAAAGAUACCUUCUAUCAAUAGGUGGAGUGAAGAAAUGCUAUGUUGCUGGGGCGAUCUCUCCUGAAGAUUUGGAAAGAGAAACUUGCAAGGAUGCUAGCCAGAAGAUUGUUUUGAAAAAGGCCCUUGGCUUCAGAAAAGAACAAAAUUAAAGAAUUGAGGCAUAUAUGGAAAAAACUAAGCUUCGGUGUCAUUGAGCAAGUUAGUCAACGGCUAACACAUGCCUAUCACCCUAAUGCCUCUGGGUCGAUAGAGUGGUGCAAAGAGCUUUUAAAAUAAGCAUAACCGAUUAUUUUCUCUGGUAGGAACAUUAAGGGGGUGGGAUAGGUUUUCUUCUUUAGGUCAAAUUUCCCCCCCCCAAAAAAAAUAACCAUACAAUAUCCAACCCCUUCACAGUGAUAGUGUGGGGAUGGUUUACAGGAAUGUUAUUGGGAAACAUUAUAAGUGACAACAUGGUGAUGAAGGUGUGAACCUUACAUUUUAUUCUCUUGGAAGUACCCAUUAUCCAGGAUGUCAAAAAUAUUACUAUCAAAUGAAUCUUAAGGGGUAAUAUGGAAGCAGUUUUUGCGUGUAGUGUCUCUGUGGGUCAUCAAGUGGUUGAAUGUGAUCCAUCCAGUAAUAUUGAAAAUAGGGGUGUAACUCAAUAAUAAGAUGAGAUGCUCAAUCCUUCUCUCCAAUUUACAGAUUGGUGGUGAUCCGAAGAUGAUGUGGUUUUCCAUUUCCAGGCUUUGGAAUUAAUGAGGAUGAAGAGAUAGAUGAAGAACUGGAAGUCUAUAUAGAGACUUGACAGUUGUAGUAAGUAGCCUAUGAAGAGGGAGCAUCACCUCUGGGUCAGGGAUUUGAACAUAUUGGACAUUUUGUGAGGAAACUUUUUUUUUUGUUUCUCCUGAAAUGUUUAAUAUGUUUCAAUCUGAAUAUUGUGUUUGUUUUUCAAUGUUGCUUUGUGAUUAGCCACUAUGGAUAGUUGUGUAACCCCUUAAGGACACGUGACGUGUGACAUUUCAUGAUUCCCUUUUAUUCCUGAAGUUUGUUUCUUAAGGGGUUAAUACAUUAUCAUGCCAUUAAUAGGAACAAUACAGCUUUAACAGGUAGCUAAUGCAUUUUGUUUAUUAAUGAAGAGGUGGAUUGUAGUAAGGGGGAUUUGCAGAGUAAUUAGUCAUUUGAAUGCAUAUAGGAAUCCAUUAGUUAUCAGAGAUAACAUGCUGCAGAAGACUUUUUUGGGAACAACUUGCAUGUUUACCAACAGCUGCAAUUUGGAACACACCCUGUGCUUACAGAAGACUAAAAGAGACAAUUCGACACAUGGGAGGACACUCCAUGCUCCACAGCGAGAAGAGAGAAGGUCUCCAUUUUGGAGGAUGGAGUGCACACAUGGCUCCAUUUUGGCUAAUAAAGAGAACAGCUUGUGAAAAGCUAACGUAGGCACAGAUGUCUUUUUCACGUUGCAAACGAACUUCAAACAUAAGUGUCUGUUUCAGUGUGACAUUGUGUGUAUUUGUCUGUUUGUCUUUCAGUAAACGCUGUUAUAAAAUCACUGUGUGCAUUUAUUCUAUUCGAUCGGCUGAAGGACCUUUUUAAAUACUGAAAUGCAAUGUGAGAGCUAAAUCAAUUUAAUCACUCUCACAUACAUAAAUAUAUAGUUUGUUUUAUACUUUUUGUUGAUGUUUGUGAUAUAAAAUAUUUUUCAUAUUAAUAAUUAAUCAGAUUUUAAUAUUCAUAUUUUAUUUUAUUUAAUGCAGGCAGGAAUCCCUGCUCUGUUAUCUUGGCAGCCUGGGGGAGGUACUAAGGAGAUUUAUAAAAAAUAAUGAUUUAUCUUUAGAUCAACACUUUUAUCAAAUAAAUCUACAGUGACAUAGUUAACCUCCAACACUCCUCAGCAAGCUGAAAAGUACAACCCUUUAACACUUUGCCCCCAGAAUAGCACCUGUUUUUACCUUGAUAAAUAAUUCCAUUUAUGGCAUUAUUCCAGUGCUGUUGGCAACACUAAUAUCAAUCUUGUGACAAGUUAAGAAAUCUAUUUUUAUUUUUACCUUGUACUGAUGUCUAAUACAUAGACAAAAGAGGCAUAUUUUCUAUUGUUUAAUUAUUAUUAUUUAUUUUUUUUAAUCUCCAAUCUACUGAAAUUUAAAGAUGAAUUUGAAAGUGUUUUUUGUUUUAAGGACACCUAAUAUUGACAAACUCGCUAAGGAAGGUGUAAAAUUAACGCAGCACAUAGCAGCGGCACCAAUCUGUACUCCAAGUAGAGCUGCUUUCUUGACAGGACGAUAUCCUAUGAGAUCUGGUAUGUACAAAUGAUACAUUUUUAUCUUUUAAAGUAGCAGUGUCGUGCCAAACUUACCUGUCCCCAAUCGCUUUGUCUUUUCUUUCUCUCUCAGGAUCUGUUCUUCUUUUUUUCCUAUCUGAUCUAGUUUUCUUUUAAACAUAACACAAAGGAGGGACUGUAUUAUUCCUACGCUCGACCUUCUUUAAACAAAGGAGGAGCUUAAGUCUUCUCCAUUUCCUGUGGUCAAAGAAAUUUUCCCACAGUACUCAACUCUCCUCCACACUUAGUGUCCCCUCUCUGGCCCCCACCCAUGAGCGGCGGGUCUGACCCCUUUUUGUCACUGAAGGGCCGCUACCCAUGGGUGGGGGCUGGGGGUGGAGACUGUAGUUACCUCCCUUUUGCCACUUAAGGGCCCCUGGCCCCAAUCCAUGGGCAGCGGCCCUUCAGUGACAAAAAGGGGUAGGACCUAAUGUCUCCCCCCCUCCAGCAACCACCAAUGAGCUGUGGGUGGGGGCUCUUAAAUGACAAAAGGGGAGACCUACUGUCUCUACUACUCUGGCACUCAGCCAUAAGACUCCCCACAGUAGGUCUCCCCCUUUUGUCAUUUAACGGCCCCCACCCACCGCCCAUGGGUGGGGGCCGGACGGGGGGGGGGGAAGUAGGUUUCUGUCACUGAAGGGCCCCCAUCCACCGUCAUGGGUGGGGGGAGACAGUACUGAAGGGCCCCCACUGCUUAUGGGGUGAGCUGGAGGGGGGGAGACAGUAGGUCCCCCUCCUUCUGUCAUUUAAGGGCCCCCACCCACUGCUCAUGGGUGGGGGCUGGGAGGGAGACCGUAGGCCCAGUCCUUUGUCACAGUAGGGCCCCCACCGGUCUCCCAUCCUUGAGGACCUUUUGGGGGAGACACUUAAGGGCCCCCACCCACCUAAGGGGACACUAGGUCCCCUGUUUAGUUUAGUGGCCCCUAUUUGCAUUACAUGAGUGGGGACUCCAGGUGGACAGUAUGCCCCCCCCCUUAAUUAUUUUAUUAGAUUCAUAGAGUUUUUUGUAUUUUUUAAAAACAAUGAGCAGUCUGUUUAGUAGACAUGAUUCUACUCGCGGCAUAUUGACACCCAUAGAGUAAGGAGGGCAUGGGGGGGUUAGGAAGUGGCAGGGAGCACAGCUCCCCACCACUUCCAUUUUUACAUAUUGCAAGAAGGGAGCCGCAAGCCAGUAGCUUACUCCUUAUAAUAAAUUGAAGACGAUUUAUUUUUCGUAAUUUGUAUUCUUUCAUUCUUCUUUCUUACGAAUGAACGAAUUGCCAAAAUUCCCGUCCGAAUUUUGGACAAUAGAGAAUGCCCAAGUUAAACUGGGCAUGGGUGGGAAUUUCACCAUGCCAUCUAGUGUGGGCAGAUGACGUGUCCCACAGGGCCCUUACCUGCCCGCACUAAGUGCGCCAAGGGCCGGUGCAAGAAUUCCUGCCACCCUAGUCAAAGAUCCAUUUUGCCACCCCCUCUUUAAAGCAACCACAUUCCUUUAGAAGUUUAUUCAGUAAACUCUGAAUUUCAGUAAAUUGGAAACUGAAUUGCAUAGUUUAAGCAAAAACAGCUGAACUUUGUCUGUAGCUGAGUUGGAGAAGUCUUCUAAAUCACCUAUUUUAGCCUAAGUUUUGCCAUUUGGUUUUUAAUUAGGUCUGAUCAGCUGUCCCUUUCCUCCACAGGGCCCAAUCUCUCUCAUUAGCGUUUACCCACUUCUUUCUCCUUUGUUUCUGUUUCCCAAAGCUUGCAGUCUCUAUGUUCAUGAUUUCUCUGCUCACUCUACGCCACAGAUUCUCUCCAGACUGUUUCUCUUUAUUCCAAUAGGGUACUUCAAUAAAGUGAGAAUUGUUGGGAAUUCAAAGUGACUUUCUAAUUUAAGGCCAAAAAACCUAAAUGCCCAACAAUUCUCACUUUAGUGAAUAACCCUGUAAUUGUUUUCUGUCAAUUUCUCUUCUUUUCUUUUCCCUGUCUAUUCAUUAAAGGACCACUAUAGUGCCAUGAGGGAGCCCCCACCCUCAGGGUCCCCCUUCCGCCCGGCUCUGGAAAGAGAAAUUCCUCCCCGUCGGCUGAAUGCGCACGCGCGGCAAGAGCUGCGCGCGCAUUCAGCCGGUCGCAUAGGAAAGCAUUCAUAAUGCUUUCCUAUGGACGCUGGCGUGCUCUCACUGUGAAAAUCAAUGAGACAGCUGCUAGAGGAAAUAGGGGAAGGCUUAACCCAUUCAUAAACAUAGCAGUUUCUCUGAAACUGCUAUGUUUAUGAAAAAAUGGGUUAACCCUAGCUGGACCUGGCACCCAGACCACUUCAUUAAGCUGAAGUGGUCUGGGUGCCUAGAGUGGUCCUUUAAACAGUGAGUGAGUUGCAAUAUAACUUGCAACAUUUGGGCCAAAACAGAAGAGUUAUAUAAAGUCAUCUUUUUCAAAUCACUGUUUAGUCAACAGACUCCUAAGUGAGGGAGAAGUAAGGGAAAGCAGAGAGACCAGUGAGAAAUACUACAUACACACACAGUUACUUACACACUCUCACUAACAUACACACACAAUGUUACUUACACACUCUCACUGACAUACACACACACAAUGUCACUUACACACUCUUACUAACACACACUCUAAUUGACAUACAAACACACGUCACUUACACACUCUCACUAAAAUACACACACAAUGUUACUUAUAUACUCUCACUAACAUACACACACACACACACACAAUGUCACUCACACUAGUUUACAUAUAGUCACAAUUUAUUAAAACACACACCCACAAACAUAACACCAAUUUUCCAACAUACACACAAUAACCAGCCCCGCUUAUCCUCCAGAUAUGCCAUACCUAUGCUAGUGAUGUGGCUGGAGGAGAAGGGGUCCAGACUUCAGCCUGCAUUUAGCUGUCCUUGUUCCUGAGGGAGCAGGAGGGCUGUGCACUGCGAGCACAGCCUGCUUCUUGCUCCCUCCAGAGUGCUUCCUGUGUUCACAAGCAGGGGGCAACUGGGAUACCAUGUCACAUCCCAGCUUCCCCUGCCUGCAGCAGGCGGUGUGCUCUGCGCGGGAGCUGGGGAUUCAGCAAACCACUCUCCCUGAGCAGAUGAUUGGCAGCAACAGGGAGGCAGAGGGAGCACAUGCUAUGGUUGCGCUGGGGGGCGGCUAAACAGCCGCUCACUCAGCACUCCGGCCCCAGCCUGGAGCAGCCCACUCACAGCAGCAGCCCACCCAGAAAGCUCCCGGUAGGUGCCCAUGCCCCCUGCAGGUCGGGGCAACAGGCGAAUGCCUUAUUCGCCUUAGGGUAGCGCCAGCCAUGAGUGCGUCCAGGACCUAAGUCUGGGCAAGAAAUCAACAGGUAAAGAAGGGUGAAAUGGGGGACUUAGGGGCAUUUGGGGGUGACUAGGGGGACAACUAGAUGUAGCGUAGUCGGGAAGGGGUGGUAAAAAAACCCAACAAAUGCAGCCAUGACCGUGCUGCUUUAAGUUCAAAAAUGUAACAUAUUUGUUAAAUAUAUGCAUACCUGUAUGUAUAACUAUAUAUCACUGUGUUUUAAUCUUUGUUCUAUGUGAUCAUUUAACCUGCCUUGGAUUCUCUAUAUCUAUAACAUUUGGUGAAAUCUAUUAGCAUAUGGUAGGCACACAUUACAUUUCUAAUUUCUCAGAAAUCCACAGGAUUUUAUUUGAUAAUCUAUGCAUCACAAAUCAACAAAUAUAGCACUUUACAUACCUAAUAGCAGUGGCUACAUGAUGGUAUGUACUGGGAGAUACAGUAAGCAUAAUUUUGUAUAGCCGCGUCUACUAUUCGGAGUGCAAUCACUGAAUUUGUCUGUUUUCUUAUGCUAGAGAUGUAUUAACAGUUAUUCUACAUUGUUAGGGAUGGAUUUUUCUGGUGCAGGCCGUGCUUUAAUGUGUCUAAGUGCAUCUGGUGGACUUCCUCCCAAUGAAACAACUUUUGCAAAAAUACUACAAGCAAAUGGAUAUUCUACUGGAAUCAUAGGUAAACAACUGACUUCUAAUAAACAGUGCUUUAACUAAAGCAGGGCUUGACAAAUUUGCUUUGAAUCUAGAAGCCAGGAAAAAAAAAAAAAAAAAGAGCCAGCUUUGUAAGCAACAACAAUUGUUUUUUUUAAAGGGACACGAUAGUCACCAGAACCACUACAGUUUAAUGUAGUGAUUCUGGUGUAUAUAGCCUGCCCCUGCAGGCUUUUCAAUGUAAACACUGCCUUUUCAAGGAAAAAGCAGUGUUUACAUUGCUGUCUAGUAACACAUCAAGUGACAGUCACUUAGACAGACACUAGCAGUGCUUCCUAGUUCAUGGUUGCCUACAUGCAAGCUUUCUAAGCUCUGCAUGGAGGCGCUGAACGUUCCUAAUAGAGAUGAGGAGAUGAUGAUUGACGCAGCACUGCAUUUCUCCACACGUGUAAUAGCUGCCUAUGGGAAAGCAUUGGAUUGGCUGAGAUCAUCAAGAUUGAUAUCAGUCAUGAAGGUCAGCCGUGGUGAGAAAGGUGAGUAAAAUCAACCACUAAUAUCAGGCAGCUUGCAUCAAUCUAAAAAUGUCAAUCCUAAUUCCAUUCUACCAAAAAAUAGACAACAGCUAAGUAACCCUGGUUAAUAUUUAGAACAGAGGUAGGUCUACAAACAAGACACAAAAAGAUAGUAAACUCCCCUUUUGUUUCAAACAGUGUCUCAUAUCUUUGCUAACUUAAUACUGUGCCAAUCCAAAUAUGCCAAUCUUAAUUCCAUUCUACCGAAAAUUGACAAGUAAUCCUGGUUAAUAUUUAGAACAGAGCUAGAUCUAAAAAACAAAACACAAAAUCAUAGGAAAUUCCCCUUUUAUUUCAAACAGUGUCUCAUAUAUUGGUUAAUUCAGUACUGAAAUGUCCAAUGUAUUUCUCCUGCCUAAGGCCACCCGGCAACAUCCAAAAAUGAAUAGACAGUUUGCUAAAAGUAAAAAUUUCUGAAAUGUUUUUUUCUCCAUUGUUUGCAAGCAGACCAUGCCCGGAUAAUUCUUACAGUUUGCAUAUACAUAACAUAUCCUCUAUACAGAUCUAAUUUUAAUCACUGGAGGCAAAUUAUCUCUGUCCUACAAUCAAUUUAACAAAUUAUCUUUGCCUAGGUUUGAUUUUUUUUUUCUUUUUGUACAUACAUUUUUUUGUUUAGAAUGUGUUUAUGAUUGCUAUUUUCAUAAACUGAUACAGUAAGCGAAUCACAGCUUCAUUACAAAGUAUACACUUAAUUUUACAUUUGUAAAUUUUAUUACCAUUUCGUAUAUUUCAUUUGUUUUUUUUAUUUAUAUUUCAGGAAAAUGGCAUCAAGGUCUGAACUGUGAAACACGCGGUGAUCACUGUCAUCAUCCUCUAAGCCAUGGUUUUAAUUAUUUUUAUGGCAUGCCAUUUACGCUUUUCCGAGAAUGUCAAACAGAAUUCCGUAAAACAUUUUAUGCACAUUCUCCAUCUCACCUUAGCUUAUACAGUCAAGUUCUAGCAAUCACAGCAGUAACUUUAAUAACAGUUAAAUAUACUAACCUGGGAAUCAGGCCACUAAAGUUAAUGAUUUGUUGUGUAUUAUUUAGCCUCUUGUAUUUCCUUAGCUGGUAUAUACCUUUAGGAUUUACUCAUUACUGGAACUGCAUAGUCAUGAGAAAUCAUGAAAUAGUACAGCAGCCAAUGAAUAUACAAAGGACAACCCAUGAAAUAUUGCAAGAAUUGCAUCAAUUCAUUGAAAGGUAUAGUAACAAUAUUCUGACAAAUUAGGUAUAAUUAUAAAGUCAUUGCUUCCUAUUUUGAGUGACGCAAUGUAAGUGGACUUAGGCUUCUAUUUUGUUGUCUUUUUCCUAGAACCAGUACCAGUGCCUGAGGGUUCUCAAUGGGUUUAUUCACAAAAGAUGAAAUUGCAAAGCAUUCCAUUGUCAACUGCAAUUGUGUUGUCAUCUCAAUAAUAACAGUUUAAUGAAUAUACCUUAAUGUAAACUCUAGAGAGAGAUAGAUUACAAUAAAGAAUCAGGCAUGUCAAACAUGCAGCCCGUCUGCCAUGGGGCUGCUAUCAGCUGGGGCUGCGACCAGCAAGACAGGAAAAAUAUUUCCUGAUUCCAUGAUCUCAGCCAAAGUGAAGAACACACUCAUAGAACUUCAUGGUAAGUCUUGUAGAGUGUUCCAGAUAUGCAAUAGUUAUUAACUCACAAAAAGGGUACAAGGAAGGACAACCAAUCACAUAGAAAAGCUACUCUAGCUCAAAUUGCUGAAUAGCAUAAUGCUGAAAAAUGUAUACUGUAUUACAAAGUAUACACUUAAUUUUACAUUUGUUAAUUUGUAAUGGCAAAAUGGCAAGUCUUGUGGAGGUGUUACAAAAAUGCAAUACUUAGUACCUAACAAUAAGGGUGCAAGGAAUGACAACCAAUCACACAGAAAAGCUACUGUAGAUCAAAUUGAUGAAAAACGCAUACUUCAUUACAAAGUAUAGAAAGGUGUCAGAACACAGUGCACUGUAGUAUUCUGUGCAGUGGUUUACAUAGCGACAGACCUGUCAGAGUGCACAUGAUGAUCCCUGUCCCAUGCCAAAAAAAGCCUUUACUAGUGGUAUGAGCAUCAGAACUGGACCAUGGCGCAAUGGAAGAAGAUUGCCUGGUCUGAUUAAUCGUGUUUUCUUUUAGAUCUGGUGGUCAUGUACAUUGUUUUCCUGGUUAAAAGAUGGUAGCAGAAUGUACAACAGUAAGCAGACAGACCAGUGGAGGCAGAGUUAUCCUCUGGGCAAAGUUCUGCUAACAAACUUUGGGUCCUGGCAUCAGGGGCGUAUUAGCCGCGAGGCAAACAAGGCAUUUGCCUUGGGCGGCAUUUUUCAGGGGGCGGCAAAAAACGCCGCCCCCAAAUGCCUAGUUAGCCUCGCGGCUAACUGACAUCCCGAGCGGGCGGGCGGCGCUGGCAGGCGGGCGGCUGGCGAGGGAGCACUUCCUAUGAGCUGUCUGCUCAGCUCCCUCGCGCACCGCAAAGUGAGGCUGGGAGCCGGAAUAUGACGUCAUCUUCCGGCUCCCAGCCUCACUCUGCAGCCGGCGCGCGAGGGAGCUGAGCAGUCAGCUCAUAGGAAGUGCUCUCUCGCCAGCCACCCGCCCGACCGGCAGCCACUGGACCACCAGGGAGAGAGACCCCCCCCAGCACUCCCAAAGGUAAGGAGGUUGGGGGGGGAUUUAAAUUAAAAAAAAAAAAAAAGUUAAUGUGUGUGUGUGUCUGACUGUGUUUGUGUCUGACUGUGUGUGUGUUUGUGUCUGACUGUGUGUGUUUGUGUCUGUGUUUGUGAGUGUGUGUCUGACUGUGUAUGUGUGUGUGUUUGUGUCUGACUGUGUUUGUGUCUGUGUAUGUGUCUGACUGUGUGUGUGUGUUUGUGUCUGACUGUGUGUGUGUGUUUGUGUCUGACUGUGUGUGUUUGUGUCUGUGUUGUGUGUUUGUGAGUGUGUGUGUGUCUGACUGUGUGUGUUUGUGUCUGUGUUUGUGUCUGACUGUGUGUGUGUGUGUGUGUCUGACUGUGUGUGUGUGUGUGUGUGUGUGUGUGUGUUUGUGUCUGACUGUGUGUGUGUGUGUGUGUGUCUGACUGUGUGUGUGUGUGUCUGACUGUGUGUGUCUCUGACUGUGUGUGUGUGUUUGUGUCUGACUGUGUUUGUCUGUGUAUGUGUCUGACUGUGUGUGUGUGUCUGACUGUGUGUGUGUAUUUAGAAGGUGGGGCGGGGGGAAGGGUUGAGUGGGGGUGGCGCGGGGGGAGGGGGGCGCCUGAGUUUUGUCCUGCCUAGGGCAGCACAAAACCAGGAUACACCACUGCCUGGCAUACAUGUGGAUGUUACCUUGACACAUACCACCGACCUAGAAAUUGAUGCAGUCCACAUACACCCCUUCAAGGUAAUGGUGUUCCCUAAUUGCUGUGGCUGCUUUCAGCAGGAUAAUGCACUCUGCCACACUGCAAAAAUUGUUCAGGUAUAGUUUGAGGAACAUAACAAAGAGUUCCAUGUGUUGCCUUGGCCUCCAAAUUCUCCAGAUCUUAAUCAGAUUAAACAUCUGUGGGAUGUGCUAGAGAAACAAAUCCAAUGGAUUUCCCACCUCAUUACUUGCAGGACAACGAAUCUACUGCUAAUGUCUUGGUUCCAGAUACCACAGGAAACGCAGGGCCGGCUACACCGUUAGGCGAACUAUGCGUUUGCCUAGGGCGCCAGCCUGCUGGGGGCGCACACCGAGAUAUUUCCUGAUGGGGUCUCUAGAGCCGCCCCCCUCAGCGCCAGGCCGCUCCUCCAGGCGCCCAGAGGAGCCCUGUCACAGUAUGGCAGGUUGGUAGCCUUGAUGAUAUCAAAUGACGGUGACCGGAGGAGAGGGGGAUGGAGCAGGCAUCCCUCUGUGAUGCCAGGAGCCAGAAUAUGAUGUAAUUCUGGCCCCAGCACACUAAACGGCGGGUGAGAGGAUUGAGGAGCUGCUCCACACUGGCCCCCAGGGAGGUGAGUGUUUGUCAGUGAGUGAGUGUCUGUGUGAGUGUAUGUCUAUCAGUGAAUGUCUGUGUGUUUGUGUGUCUGUCAGUGAGUGUCUGUGUGAGUGUAUGUCUGUCAGUGUGUGUGUCUGUCAGUGAGUGUAUGUCUGUCAGUGAGUGUCUGUGUGUGUGUGUAUGUGUGUCUGUCAGUGAGUGAGUAUAUGUCUGUCAGUGAAUGUGUCUGUCUAGUAAUUGAAAAAAUUAGAUAUAAAAUACACAUUUUUGCUCAAACUAUAUUAUACAAACAUAGCCUUGAUUUUUAAAAUGUUAAUUAAAAAAUAUAGCAAGCUAAUCUAAACUCAAGAAAAAUCCACAGGGACUUAAAUGAUGACAACAGAAUUGCAAAGUAAAAAUGGCAGCGCUAAAAUUUUUUUACAAAUUUGUAAUUUUCCCUUGACUAAUUUGGCCUACAAUUUACAGCGCUGUCAUUGACUAAUUUGGCCUACAUUUUAGAACUGUCAUCUUGUUCGAAUUUCUAGAUUAGUGAUUAGAUCCCUGUGUAUCACACGACAUUACAUGUUCUGAGUGAGUAAAUGUCUGCCAGUGAGUGUCUGUGUGUGUCAGUGAGUGAGUGUGUGUGUAUGUCUGUCAGUGAGUUUCUGUGUGUGUGUGUGUGUGUGCGUGUGUCAGUGAGUGAAUGUCUGUCAGUGAGUUUCUGUGUGUGUGUGUCUGUCAGUGAGUGCCCGUGUAUGUCUGUCAGUGUGUGUGUGUGUGUAUGUCUGUCAGUGAGUUUCUGUGUGUGUGUGUGUGUGUGUGUGUCAGUGAGUGAGUGAGUGACAUGAAGGGGCGGCAAAAUGGAUCUUUGCCUGGGGCGGCAAAAAUCCUUGCACCAGCACUGAGGACAUGUUCAGAGUUCUAGUGGAGUCCAUAGCUCUACACAUCAGAGUUGAUUUAGCAGCAUGAGGGGGGCCUAUACGAUAUUAGGCAGAUGGUCUUAAUGUUGUGACUGACGUGCAUGUAGUAUAUUGUAAUGUGUGAGGACCAGCAUGUUUGGUAGAUGAUACUUUUCUUCCAAAUCUAAACCUGUUACUACACUCACUAUGCUAUUUGAAGCACUGGUUUGUCUUCAUAGUACAACUAAUCAUUGAGGAUAAGAUUAUUAAAAGACUAAAGGGAUUGACUCUGUAUGUGUUGCUUCAACCCCCUGUGCCCUGUGCUGUGUUAAUUUCAGUGGCAGGAACAAAAGCAUAGAAUUAACCUUCAAAGUUUGUUGAAAUGCGUUACUAUAUGACACUGCCACCAAAGGUCAAUGGAAGAAGACAUGGGGUGUUUGGCACCCCAAUCAGUGUUUUCUCUUGAAGUAAAGGUGUAUAGGAGUUUGAAAAGAAAAGGGGCAAAGUGAUAAGCCAGGAUAUUUGCAUAUUACUUGCAUUGUCUGCCUUUUCCGCACAACCUGCAUUACAAUGUAUACUCUACAACUGUGUUUUUGAAUUUUUAUCUGUCCGGUAGUGUGUUUCUAGAUGUUUAUCGUUGUGUUCUUUUGUGAAUAUGUAUCUGAAAGGGUGAAUCCAUGUGCAUGUGUAUUACUGUUGGAGUAAGUAUAAGUGUGUUUGGGAGUAUUCAUCUGCAAAUUUUUUAGAUUAUGUAUCUGUUUGUAUGUUCAUUUGUCCGGGAUUGUCGAUCCCAAGUCUGACCUCAACCAUAUAUAACAGACUUGCCUUUGUUAUACUCCUUUUACUAAUUAUAGGGGCUGGAACCACCUAUAAGUCCCUUGGUCUAAAUGACAAAAAAUGCCAAAGACAUUAAAAAAAAAUAUAGAAUGGCUAUAUUGUAGUUACUGUCUGCUUUAAAGGUGUCAAUUUCAUAAUGUAUCAAUCAAACCUAAGAUAGAAAGUAUGUGUUACCCCUCUUCAGUUUCUAGAGUAAUCUUAGCAAUCACUUGCUAAUACAGACUAUUAAAAUGAACAAUGUUCUUAUUUGUUUUUAAUUUCCUUACAGAAAUAAGAAUAUUCCUUUUUUGCUUUUUGUGUCUUUCUUACACGUUCACACUCCGCUAGUUUCCACAAAACGAUUUAUUGGAAACAGCAGACAUGGAAUAUAUGGUGACAAUGUGGAGGAAAUGGACUUUAUGGUUGGUGAGUGACAAUAAAAUACAAGUUUUAAAAGCAUUGUUUAACAACAACAACAAAAAAUGAUUUUAGAUUACAUAGUUGUGUGCUGAAUUAAACCCUAGUCAAGUUACUAGUUCAGUUUUAUUUUAAAGUUUGCAAUCUCAGAGGUUGAUAGAGGGAUCAGCAACUAUUUAUUAUUGGUAUCAUGCAGUGGCUUUUGAGCUAAGAACAAAAAUCAGUGUCUACAUUUACAUGUGAUUUAAAGUAAUACUACAGGCAUCAAAACAACUUUAGCUUAAUUAAGCAGUUUGGUCAUACUUCCCAACUCUGGCGUCCUGAGAAUCAGGAUGCUGGUGGGAGGGACUAAAGGGGGUGAUUCAGUGAUGCAUUUGUGUCACUGGCUCCACCCCCAAAGGGGACAGGCACACCUAGAAUGAGGUGUGUCUUCCUGGAUUAAUGGCAGGUCAGCCUGAUAUGAACACACUCCAGGCUGCCUGUCCAUCAGUGCUCCCUGCACGAGUACGUUUUAUGUUGCUCUCGAUUGCUGGGUACAGUUCUCUUGUGUCCCCAAAAGCUGGACAACUGGGAACUAAGGCAGGACAGGAGCUGAAAAUUGGGACUAUCCCGCUGAAAUCGGUAUGUUUGGAGGAAUAGUUUGGGUGUAUAGAUAAUGCUCCUGCAAUUUACUUUUGUUUCUGUUUAUGCAGCCAUGACACAGCCUACAUGAAAACACAAUUGUUUUCUUUUCAAUCUCAUGUUAAUUUGCUUUAGAAGUUUUUAUCUCCUGCUCUGUAAAUUGAACUUUAAUCACACACACAGGAGUGGUGGGUUUAAGCUGCUAAUAUCAGAGCAGGAGAUGUGAAAUUCUAGAUUAAACAGAUUGGUGUUUAGGAAGCCUGUGAAAGUAAAAAGUAUGGAGGUGUAACUUGAGCUAUAUAAACAAAGUGAUUUAACUCCUAAAUGUCAGAUUAUUGGGCCGUGAGACUGCAGGGGCAUGAUCUACACACCAAAACUGCUUUAUUAAGUUAAAGUUGUUUUGGUGACUAUAGUGUUUCUUUAAUAUAAAAUACAUUAACAAUGAAACACUGCCUGCAGAGCAAAUGCCUGGGUUGUCAGUAUGUCCCCCUGAUUGGGAUUGCCAGGGCUGCAAACCAUUACUAUGCCACCGUAAAGCCUACUUAGUGCGGCAUGGCAUAGUACAAGUAGUUAAUGACAUAAGACAAUAUAAAAUAUGUUAGUACCUUCUUUGUCUCCAGAGCAAUUAUCUGGAUUAUUUGAUAUGGAUUAACACUUUUGAAAACAUUGUUUAGCAAUUGUAGAUUUGUUGGCUGCACAUUCAUGCAGUGAAUCCCUAAAGUGCUCUAUUGAAGUGUGUUUUGGAGUACACUGAACUCAUUGUCAUGAUGUGGAAACAGCUUGAUAAGAUGUGUGCUUUGUGACAUGGUACCUUAUCAUGGUGGAAAUAGCUAUUAGAAGAUGUGUCAAUUGCUAGGUAGGCAGGGGCAUUCUAACAAUUCCACAUUGGUAGAAUGAGCCUAAUGUGAGCUAACAAAAUAUUUCCCUUCUUAUAUAGAUUGUAAGCUUUUUCAAGAAGGGUCCUUAUCUACCUAUUGUUUCUGUAAUAAUUUGUAAUGGUAUCAUUUGUUGUUAAAGUUCCCAGAUUAUAAUAUUGUAAAACGCUGUUUAAUAAGUUGGUGCUAUAUAAAUGCCAAUAAUAAUAGGCAGUUUAUUGAUGUAAUUUUACCUCUAUAUUCCCAGGUUCAAUAGUGGAUGCCAUUGACAAUACAGGACUGAAAAACAACACCCUGAUUUACUUUACCUCAGAUCAUGGAGGACACUUGGAGGUCACAUAUGUAAACACCCAAGUUGGUGGAUGGAAUGGAAUUUAUAAAGGUAAAAUAAAAACAAUACAAAAAAAUGAUUUUUAGCACUGCAACACAUAAUGGAUCAGAUCAAUUAUUGCAUUUUAUUUAAGAUGUGUUUAUUCAACAUUACAUUCCUUUUUUUUAUUAAUUAUUUACUACACCUACAUAUGUUAUAAACAGUUUUCAAAGGACAACUAGGGCUUUACUUUGAAAGCAUAAUUAAUUUUUGAAACUCAUAAAUUCAUAAACGGAAACAAAGUUUCUAGCCCGAAUAUGCCCGCCCUUCCGACAAAACGCGUGUCAAGGCUUCAUCCAGUACUUGUAGCUAACCUGCAGACCGAAAGCAGAUUCUCUGAUUCAUCUCUCCGUGCUAACUGCAUGUGUAACAGACCUCCGACAAUUGUAUCCUACAGACGCAGGCGAACCCGAGCACACAGACCAACAUAUAUUGCUCUACUAGCUACAGCAAGUUAACUUUAAACUUUAACUAUAAUAGGUGCCCUUGAAGGCACAGAAUAGUUUCAAUAUCUAGCACCUCCUGUGCUAGACCUAGGUCUACUGUUUGUUUUAUAUUGGCAUUGUAGUUAUACUGUAUUUUGUUAUCUUGUAUCAUAUUUGUUUAUUUCGUAAUAUUCAUAUUUUUACACUCAUUCCUUGUGAUUGUCAUUUUCUCUGCAUAUUGGGUUCCUGCUCUUGAAGGGAUAUUGCUGUCUUAGGGUAGCACCCCUUCCUACCCUGACACUACCACCAUCUCAUCUGUUUACUAUAGCAUAUUAGUGCUUCAUUUGUUUAUUUAUACCACUCAGUCCUUUUUAGGACUCUUGUGUACAUACCUCUUGUAGCCACACAUAGAGCUUGAGCACUGUUUAGCCGAGGGCUUCCCCUGGCACUCAUAGCAACUAACACGGUAUUACAUAUUUUUAUAGUGGCACCUCUUACUCUACUGUUGCAACUCAGCUCUAGCGUUACCACCAUAUGUACAUAUGUAUAUUUUCUAUUUUUUUUUCUCUCUCCCCCCUCUUUUUUGCCCAUGUUUAUCAUUGUAUAUAUUGUGUGAUUAAUCACUUAGCAACAUUUAGUCAGAUUUUUAUUUUUUAUUUAUUCUAGUGUGGUUAUACUGCCACCUCCUGGCCAUACUAUAACCAAUUUUACUGACUGUUGCAAUAAAAGUUACGUUUUAUCAACAUACUUGGGUUACUUGAGUAAGGGGAUAUUUGAGUAAGUUACUUACUCCUGGGUUCAUGCCCUACCUUCUUAGCCCACAGACUCCUUAUUGAUUCUUCCACCCUCUCCCUCUUUCAUAAAUUCAUAAUCCGUAUCCUGCAUGAAUAAAAUAUCAGUUACAGACCACAUUUUACAAGAAGUGUAUUACUGUUUUAUCUAAACAUUUCAGCUAAACAUUUCUGUUUCAUGCACUAAUUGCAGUGAUGGAAUAAAAAGCCUGACAUGUUCUGCUACAUUAAAAAAUAAAUUGUGCUCCCUAAAUUCACUUCCCCCUUCUACAUAGCAACUCAGUUUUCACAGUCAAUGUAUCCUAAAAUUAAAUUCACCAUUCAACCCAGCAAACUCCAUUUUUAUCUGCAAUUACUCAUUUAAUUUACUUUAGCUUUUAUUUAAUUUACGCUGCAGCGGCAAUGCUCCGACCUCACGAGAGGAACCCGGCGGAGCUGCUGGCUAGAGCUCCUGGCUACCCUCCUGCCUCCCCCCCUGCCUGUGGGCCGAUGAGGGAGAUCUUUUGCGCACGCUUAUGGGUCUUAGACGACCCCUGUGAAAGGGUCGUUCAACCCCCAAAGGGGUCGCGACCCAUAGGUUGAGAACCGCUGAUCUAGAUCAUUAUAUUCAUCAUGUAUUAUCCUACUGGCCCUCCCUUAACUCUACAUUUACAGAAUACCUCUCCAAGUGCUUUAAUUGUCUUUUAAUAUCCACUUAAAUGGACGUGGACCUCAUGUGCGGGAGACGGUGGGAUGAGGGGAGGACAUGUGCGGCACAGAUGGGGAGGCUGUGCCACUACUGGCCAUCACCAGCAUGCUGUGCUUGCAGUCAAUGGAUGCCAAAUUUGAACAGAAUUGACAUUAGCCAUCCCUGAUUUCUUGUUCCAGGCUGGCUAAUGAUGGCCAAGCGAUGGUACUGAAGAGGGAAUUACACCUUCGGCAGAAGAGGGAUUAACCUCUCUGUAUGUGCUGCAUUUCACUACUUUGUGCAUAUGUUGUAUUAGUUCAAAAAACUAGCAACAUAAGGAGUAACAAAAUAUGUUUGUUAGGAUCUUAUUAUCAUUAUAUAUAUAUAUAUAUAUAUAUAUAUAUAUAUAUAUAUAUAUAACACCAAGAGGGCUGCAAUCACCUGAACAGGCAUACACCAUAGGGUGCUGCUGGGGCCAAUCCACACAACACACAAAAUUCAAUGCACUCGCUCAUUCACUAAACAACGAUUUCAAGUCUCACAGACCUGCAGAGAGUCCCAGGAGGACGUAUUUCCCAAGUAAGUGGAUUCAUCUCAUAAGAGCAGACUUUAGACUGCUAGAGUAGGACCUGCCAAGAAUAGGGUACAUUGACGUUGUGGCAGGCUUAUGCAAUGUAUGAUCAUAUACUGUAACUAAACCCCCAUUAUUUUUUGACUAGGUGAGUUGUUUUUAAAUAAAACUAUUACAAUUUGUGAGAUUUUUAAAUCGCUGUUUAGUAUGAUCUGAGCACUGACAGGCUGCCUCCCUCCCACCUCUUCAACCUCUGCAGCAAUGCUGGCAGCACUCAUAUGUCUAUUUCCCAAAGACAACCUCUGGAUAUGACGCUGAGCACGUGCACUUAACUUCUUUGGUCGACCAUGACGAGGCCUGUUCUGAGUAGAACCUGUGCUGUGAAACUGCUGUAUGGUCUUGCUCACCGUGCUGCAGCUCAGUUUCAGGGCCUUGGCAAUCUUCUUAUAGCCUAGGCCAUCUUUAUGUAGAGCAACAAUUCUUUUUUUCAGCUCCUCAGAAAGUUCUUUGCCAUGAGAUGCCAUGUUUUACUUCCAGUGACCAGUAUGAGUGUGAGAGCGAUAACACCAAAUUUAACACACCUGCUCCCUAUUCACACCUGAGACCUUGUAACACUAACGAGUCACAUGACACUGGGGAGGAAAAAUGGCUAAUUGGGCCCAAUUUGGACAUUUCCACUUAGGGGUGUACUUACUUUUGUUUCCAAUGGUUUAGACAUUAAUGGCUGUGUGUUGUUAUUUUGAGGGGACAGCAAAUUUACACUUUUAUACAGGCUGUACACUUGCUACUUUACAUUGUAGCAGAGUUUUCAUGUGUCAACACUGAAGAAAUGACAGAGAUAAUAAAAUAUUUUCCAAAAAGAGAAAGAGUGAGAGUGUGUGUGUGUGUGUGUGUGUGUGUAUUUAUAUAUAUAUAGUUAGGCAAUGGCUUUUUUUUUUCUGAAUCCAACUUAGGUGGAAAAGGCAUGGCUGGUUGGGAAGGUGGCAUUCGAGUUCCAGGAAUAAUCCGAUGGACAAAUGUCGUUCGUCCUGACACGAUAAUUGAUGAACCAACAAGUCUAAUGGAUAUUUAUCCCACUGUGGUGCAGCUUGGAGGUGGAGAAUUACCAAAUGACAAGUAAAUACAGUUUCUUCUAGGGGUGCAGGACAUCAGACAUCUUUAUGAUUUGUGUGUGCAUUGACAGCAAAAAGGUAUGAAAGUAUUGCCCCAGAAGAGUGUUUGGGAGACGACCCAUGACCAUUUUCAUAUAACAAACAUAAAGAUACUUUCACUUUACUUUCUUACUAACAGGAUAAUAGAUGGUCGGAGUCUAGUCCCGUUACUAAAAAAUCAAGCAACUCACUCAGAACAUGAGUUUUUGUUUCAUUAUUGUGGAAGAAAUUUACAUGCUGUUCGCUGGCACCAAAAAGACAGUAAGUAUGAAAAACUAAAUCAGCAUUCUAAUACAAAGUUUUUGUUUAAAUCAUAUACUACACAGGAUAAAAUCUAUUAAUCUGAUCAUUGACCAAUAUACGGCAUCAGAGGGGUUAAUCUCCAUUUUUUUUUUUAAAUCUCCAUAUGUUUAGCAAUUUCAAAGACCGACUCCAUGCACCAUGAUCACUUCAAAUCAUUGAAGUAACCCUUUAACUUCUUACAACUAGAAGCAAUUACUGCAUAAAUGUACUAAUAAGCACUGGACUCAAUUUAAACCCUGCAUUAUUAAGAAAACUUAGUGGGUUUUGACAGUGGGUAGGUAACCUGUGGCACUCCAGAUGUUGUUGAAUACAUCCCCCAUUAAAGCUAUAACACCCAUAAUACUGGCACAGCAUCUGGGGAGAUUUAGUCCACAACAUAUGGAAUUCCAAAGACUGCUCACCCGUUCAAUGCCUAUAUUUUUGAUAAAGCUUAUCUGAACUAGAAAAGCUACAAUUUCUGGGGAAAUUAUGUGAAGUGUUCUUGCCUCCACCAGUAGUCUACAACUGGAGUGGGCAGAGUAACUGGGUGGAGUGGCUGGAGUAACUGUGGAAAGGUUGGAGUGUGGUUCUCUCACUCUACAGCAAGGGCAGAGAAGAGCUUUCAGAUCCCUCGAACAUUCCACCAACUGCCAACAGGAACUAAUAGAUUUCAAAUAGGGCAGAGAAGAGCGGUUAAAAACAAACCACAUUUUUUACACUACAAGUGGUCUUGCCAUGUAGGGAUAUAAAUGUACCAAUUUAUAUCAAAACGUUCAGCUAUCCCUGCUUGCACUGUGAUGUUUUGUACAAAUCAGUCAAUAAUUCCUGUAUAAUGAAGUACUCACUUUAUUAAUACAUAUAUAACAGCAUCUUCAUAUUGCAGUCUUGUUACACAGGGUUUCUGCAGCCGCCAUUUCAAAUCCCUCGAACAUACCACAAACUGCCAACAGGAACUAAUAGAUUUCAAAUAUGGCAGAGAAGAGCGGUUAAAAACAAACUGCUCACUUCACUGGCGGUUGCCAUCUUCAAACGGUCGUAUUUUAAAAACUAUAAAUCCUACAGCGAAGAGCUUUAUAUUGUGAGAAUCACAAGACCCAGACCUACAUUUCGAUGCAUAGUAUGUCUCUGAAAUAUUAAAAAUGAAGGCACAGUCGCAGUUUAGAUAUUGCCCUUCAAAUUUGAGGUGGCAUGAGUGGAGUUUCAAUGAAUGUCAAUGGACGGCAUGAGUUGCAAACAAAUGGUCAUAUUGUGAAAACUGUCAGGACUAUGGCUUAGCCAUGGACAUGUUUAGUGGCAGCAGGGAUAGUUGAUAGUUUUGAUAUAAGAUUUAUGCUUGAAAAUGAGGGAGUGGUGGCAGUUUAGAAAUCAUGUCCUGAUUUUUCAGCUCACACUCUAGCUUUUGUCAGCUCCCCCUAGUUUUGAACAUUUUGCCAUUCAUUCCUAUGGGACCAAUUUCGCCACAAAAACAACGAUAUUUUGUGAACCAAUCGGCGAAACGUUCCACAAAGUAAUAGCACACCAAUCGGGAACAAUCCGCACAUUUCGGUAUAUUACUGUCUAUGUAGUGUAAAAACUGUGGGAGGAGUUAGGGUGGUAAAUUUGGCUAUAAUAAGAAUAAUAUAUAUGUGAGAUAAUAGUAAGUGGUCUUGCUAUGCAAGAACACUUAAUAAGCUAUCCUCACUCAUCCAGAUACAUUGAACUAAAGCUGUGCCAAGCUCUUUGUCCUGGUGACAUCAGGUCAUGUGAGGUAGAAAACCAUUAGUACUGUACCACAACAGUUGUCACUUUCAAACAACAGGUGGAAGCCAUGGUUACAGCCAUGCUGUGGGACAUUUCCAUUCUGCUGUGGUGACAAAGACAACACUAAUGUCACCUCACUAAUAUGAAAUAUUCCUUAAAGGGACCCUCCACUGCCAAAAUACAAAUAAAUAAAAAUGUGAGGUAGAUAUCCUUGUUAUCACAAGCAGAAGAGCGUGGACAGUGAAAUUUAACAAAUCUUAACAAGCUAAACCCAAUAGUAAAAAUAGCACAAUCCAAGCUAAAAGGAGUUUGGUACCUUCACUGUUCUGACAUGGUGUUGAUGAAUUGCUUAAUGUUCCAGGGUAGAUUUAUGAACAGCUAUAAUGUUCAAAUAUUGAAAUUCCAAAAUGAUCAACCUUUAUUGUAUAUGUAACACAUGAUUUCCUAAGACCUUUGUUUGCCUGUUUUUCAGGUGGCACCAUUUGGAAAGCUCAUUAUAUGACACCAAUCUUUCAUCCAGAAGGUGCAGUGGGAUGCUAUGAUACAAUACUUUGUAAAUGUGAAGGGGAACACGUUAUGCUUCAUAAUCCUCCGUUGUUAUUUAAUCUGUCAGAAGACCCUUCAGAAUCCAAACAACUGCAGCCUUUGGAUACACAUUUUGAAGCAGUGAUUAGUAAGAUUGACCUAGCAGUAGCUGAACAUCAAAAAACCAUUAGUACUGUACCACAACAGUUGUCACUUUCAAACAACAGGUGGAAGCCAUGGUUACAGCCAUGCUGUGGGACAUUUCCAUUCUGCUGGUGUAACAAAGACAACACUAAUGUCACCUCAUUAAUAUGAAAUAAUCCUUAAAGGGACCCUCCACUGCCAAAAUACAAAUAAAUAAAAUCAUUCUUGAAUGGAUAUGCACCAACUUAUAACAUGCAUGCAUUUAACUAUUUAUCUAAAAACUGCUUGCAAAAACUUCAGUUCUCUUUUCUGCUGCCUUCACAAGACCUCCCCAGCCCAUACUUUCUGUGGCUGUCCAAUCACAGAGUUCCCAAUGCAGCUUAAUUAGUAGUCUUUGCUAGGAAGGUGUGCUGGGCAAUUGCUGCCUCUUGAGCUCCACUACAUUAAAUAAACCAGCUAGUAACCGGAUCUGUUAUCUGCUUGAAGGCCAGGGUGUGUAACUAGAUACUUCACAGAAAGCUUUUCAGCAAACUGAAUUGCUUUUAGGGGUCUGGAGAGUACCUUGAAGCAAUAAUAUGCUAAAAUAGGAUUCCUUUAAUUUCUCCUGGCAGAAAAAAAAAAAAAAUAUAUAU